AGGCGUUAGAGCGAGUCAGAGUGGGAGUGAAAGAGCACCAGACAGCAGGGUGGAGAGGGAGAGAGAGGGACAGAAAGAGAGAGGGUGAGUGUAUGUGUGGUCAGAGAAAGAGGACGGAGAGGCAGCGAGAGAGCUCAAGAGAGACGACUGAGUGGGAGCGAUAGAGUGCCGGAUAAUGGAGGUGCAGGCGGAGUGUGUGGAGCCUCCUGUGGCCCCUCAGUGUGACCCCCAGCCAACAGGGAAGAUCAACAAAGCUGCCUUCAAACUCUUCGGAAGGCGCUCCACUGGUUCUGGAAUGGCUAGCUUCUUCUCCUUCAGGAACAAAGGAGCAACAAACAGCGGGAACAACGGGAAUUCAGACAAUGGGAAUUCUAUGAAUGGGAAUGGAUCAGCAGCAGAGCUAGUAAGAAGCAAAACCCAUGAUGGGCUAACAAGCUCCAACAACGACACCGAUGGACGGAGAGGGGAGGGGCACACUGGACUGGAGGCGGUACCCGUAAGAUCUCUCAGCAAAUCACUGAGUUUCUUCUCUUUGCUCCGACGUGGGAGUUUUAGGUCGAGUGAGAAUGGAGGGGCGGGGCUUGUCAGAAGAGGGAGGGGCCUAAAGGGCUUCUUCAGCAGCAUGCGAUGGAGACGUAAGGAAAAAACAAACGAAGGUGAUGCGGAGGAAAUAGAAGCGAGGAAGAAGACGGAUGGGGAUGGUUCAGGCACUGAAAAGGUAAAGGAUAUUACCCUAACUCUAGAGCCACCUCCUCAUCAUCACCAAGAGGAUUGUGGGAAUACAGAGGCAGAACCUAAUUGCCAUGCAUUAGAGACUCCAAGUACUAGUGUUACCAUGACACCCCCACACUGUGUUGCUAUGCCAGGGCCGUCUGGCGAGCCAGACAGCCCCUUCCCUUUCACACCCACCGACUCACCUCUUCGCCCUCCCAUUCCCAAAGCCAAAGCCUCAAUUUCAAGCCUCACCCCCUCUCUUGCUACGCCCCCUUUGGACCGCUGCAGUACAGGCGACCCCCCUUCAGAACCCUCUGUGGACCGCCUCUGCUCUCUGCUCUUCACUGACGUCACAUCCCUCAAAAGCUUUGAUUCACUGACGGGCUGUGGUGACAUUAUUGCUGAUGCAGAGGAGGAAGGACCAACAGGGAAUGGGGGCAGUGGCACCAGCAGCAGCAGCAGUGGGGGAGGAGGAGGAGGAGGAGGAGGAGGAGGAAGCAUUGGAGCAGGUAUGGGGAGAGCAUCUGGAGUCAGUAGUUCCAUGUCUCGUGGCUCCCCGUCCAAAGCCCCUCUACAUUCCCAGCCCAUGUUCUCUGUGUCCACAAGCUCAAUGCCUGCGACGCUUCCUGCUCGAGCCCGUGCUCCACCUCCACCACAGCAACAUCCACCUGGUAGUGGUGUGGUGGCCUACAUGGGCGGAGGGGAGGAAAUGGCAAGUCCUGAAGGAGUGGAUGAUGCUGACAUGCAGGGGCUCUGGCACAUGCUACCUUCCACAGGGGACAACUCCCCAGCUUUGCCCCGAUCUCACCAACCUCCUUCCACCAUCCCAACUUCCACAUAUCCCCCUCGUUCCACCUCCAACCCUGCCAGCAGCCACCUCCCAUCAGCAUCUAGGAGUUCAGAGCGAAAAGUACCCCAGGUCAAAACACUGGGGCUCAGUAAGAUUCCAGUUGUUGGAGCAGGAGGCCGGGCAGCGGCCAAACCCCCACUCCCUCAUAACCGCCAUCCCACAUCACCUGGUGAAAAAGAGCCACUUAGUGAUGAAGGUUACUGGGACACACCCUCAGCAACUCCCACAGCAACACCUGACGAGAGUGGACUACAGCGUGACCAGAAGAUGGCCCUAUCACGGGACAGUUGUUCUGGAGAUCACCUGUACGAUCUCUACAAUGAGCCUGAAGAGGAAGAAGAGGAUGUAGAUCUGCACAGUACUCCCUCUCCAUCCACUGAAUACAAACUGAGCCCCACCUCCCAAACAACACCUCCUUCCUCCUCCUCCUCUUCCUCCUUCCGAUCAAUGAAAGGCAGCACCAGCCUUCCCCGGGAAUCUAAGAUCCCAGUAAGCAGCAAACAAUCCACACCUCCCCAUUCUGUAAGCCAUUCAGCACUGUCAUCCGUCCUAGAGGCUGAAUCCCCUCCACCAAAGACCCAAGCACCUCCUCCAGUCCGCACCAGAAUCCCUGUAUCCAAGGUCCCGGUCCGUCGCUCUGGAAACAAGCCUGGCAGCGCAACCAGAGGAACUGCCCACAAGAAGUAGUGUCUAUAAAAGGGGUUGAACUCUCACAGUAACUUAUGAUCUUUAGUGUACAUCACUACAGUGCUGUUUAUGCAGGACCAAACGUUUCCCAGACCAAGAAAAAUGUUGAGCUGUGGAGUUAACAGCCUAUAAAUUCCUCUCAGAUCUUUAAAUCUGUGUUUUGGCUUACGACAGCCUAGAAUAGAAUAAGUGGUUUUGUUCAUUCAAGAAAGUCACGAGGAGACUCCAAAAUGCUGGGUUAACACUUCACAGCCCUCACUGGAACUUUGGAGGCUGUCUCUUGACAAUCCAUGAACUUGCAGACACAUUCGCCUUGUAACUUCCUGGAUGAGCUUGUGUGUUUCUGAAAGUUUGACAGCCAUUUUGAUAGCUUCAGAUCAUGAAUGCACACUGCAAAAAAGCAGAGCACCUUUUUAUCUUUUUUCAUUUUUCUUACAGAAUUCCAUAUGGCAUAACUGAAUUUGCUCACAAGGACCUAAUCUAAUCAAAUUUUUUUUCUUCUUCUUCUUCAGAGUUCAUCAUUGUGUUUAAUCUGUAACAAAUUACCUCCUAAUCAUCUGAUUUUAGAGCCAAAGUUUUAAAAGAAAAUCAGAUCUGUCUUAAUUUCUCAGCCUUUAAUAAUCUGGAAUAGUCAUACUGAUAUCCACCACUUAAUUGUUUUUGUUUUGGCUGUUGUACGUAUAUUUUGUGUUUUGAAGAUGGUCUUCUUUUGACCGCACACUGAUUAUAUUUGACUUUAUGGAAAUAUUCAGAUGUAUGCUGAGAAAUGGGAGCAACCCUGUUUAAAAGUUAACCUUAUUUUAUCACAUUACCUACUUUACAGACAAAAAUGUGGAAGAAAGCUGAACAAUACUCACUGGUUUUAGGAGAGUGAGGUCUCUUUUUUUUUUUUUUUACCUGUUUUGUUUUUUGAUAUGGAUUUUCCAAGUUUGGUUUCAGCCUGUUGCAUUUGGAUCUCACUUCUACCACGCCAAUGGAAACACAUCCAUAGGAUGUCAUUCUCUGGGAUUUACAACUUUCACAAUUAUCAAUGGAGAUGUGCAAAACUAUCGCAAUACUCUAACUAGAGGGAUCCUUUGCACUGAUGUUUCAUUUAUCUACAAUACACAAUAAGACAUGCAAAGUCAUACACGAACAGAAACAUUUUUUUCUCCCUCUGCAUGAGUGUCUGGCUGGAGAUGCCUAAUAUACAAGACACAAAGGUCAGGGAAUAACAUCUAAGAUAUACAUGCUGUUUAUCCUCUGGCGCUGUCUUUGUAGCUACACUGGAUGACUCUUGUCUCUGUGGACACAUGCACAAACCUUUUUUUCUAGUUAGUACUCUCCUCUUCACUAAAUUUCAUACGGUUUUUAUAGCCUUCUUCUUCCUAAGUCAUACUGCACGGAACUGAAACUGUGAUUGCACCAGCUUCUUAAUACUCCGCUUUCUUUUCUUUCUUUUUUUUGUAUUCCUCUCCACUAAUAUGCUGUAUGGGUGGAUGUAAGUGGAUAAAUCUCUGCUCAGUUUCAGCCAAGUUUGUCAGAAAUUAAGACGAUAAAACAAAACUUUUCAGUGACUUCAUAAACUGAGCUGCAGUUGAAAAGACAAAAUUUGGGGGUUUUGAAUGAAACCACUCCAGGAAACUUUACCUUAGAUUUGUUGGCUGUUGCACAUUGAACAGCCCUUUGCUCUGAACCACCACAGCUGUGUAUAAAUCUGAAUGUAGCGUGACAUCAUUGUACGUCAUUGAUCAGCAUAUAUUUUUCUGUGCCACAUUUUGUUUCUUGUGUCCCAGUAUUGUGGGGCAAGACAAAUGGUGGAAUUUACUGUCCCCUUUACUCUCAAAAUUAAGAUAAACUGCUGCAGAUCAUGAGCAGCCUUGCAAGGUGCUGCUUGUUUUGAGUUUGGGUGGGGGUAUUGCCAUUCAUAAAAGGCCUUUGUAAGUGACACAAGUUACAGGGAGCUAAGUGUUCGCUAACCUUUUUGCUAUAGAAAGGGUUUCUCAUUAAAAACAUUCAUUCAAGAUUUUUUUUUUCUGAUUCUAACCAUGAGGGUACCAAUGAUACAUGAGGGUCAUCCUAGCUUGUGAUAGCUUUCCAUCUCAUUUAAAAUGUGUUGAUUGAUCCAUGACACUGCAUCAGGUUCAGAUAUCUUUCAUCCUCCUGAUGGUGGAGUGCAGGGCAGACCACAGUAAUUUGAUCCCAGCUCUGCAAAGAGAGAGUGCAUCUCUCACCAGACAAAAACAGGCAGGAUAAAGGUCUUAUGUGGAGCAGCAAAUGAUCCUGUCUGUUCAUAUUUUCACUGGGGUUUAUUAUUUACUGUACAAUUAAUUUAACUCUCCAUCCAUUUGAGUGCUAACUGAGGAAUUGAAUUUGGUGGAGAGUAUUGGCAUACAGGGUGACUGUUUGGGAUGAGCAACCAUGCAGACUGGUCCAACCAUCAAUUUUGAAAGCCUUUGCUUGCUUUGAAAUAUAGGAAAUCACAUUGUCACCAUCAAACUGCUUUAACCUGGAGAUCAGUAUAAUGGUGAUGUAUGAACUGGACAAACUGUGAUCAUUAUGCACAAAACUUUGCAGGUUUCUUCUAAUGUGGGGUCCUCCAAGGUUGAAACCAUUCUGACACACAUGCCAAAGUGAAAUAGCACUUAUUCUCCACUUUAUUUAGGUUUGGCACGUUAAACAUUAAUCUCUGCUAUCUGUUGUCUGGAAUCAAAACAACAAUGACAUCAACCACCGAAGCUUCAAAUCACCUGGCUCUUUUUCCUUGUGUUUUUUCAUACUGAUGCUUCUUUCUUUUCUUUCUUUCACAGCCAUGAAAAGCACAUCAUGUUUUCCUUCUUUUUGUUACCUUUCGUCUGUUCACAGUGUGAAGCAUUUCCACUUUUCAUAUUUAAUGAAUAAAACUGUGUUUGAGCUGA